CAGAUGAAAACUACACACUUGCAUUGGACUGUACUUCCAAGAGUACUCGUCGCAGUCUCCUUGGUGAACGUCAAUGUCCUCGUUUGGCCAGAGUAGAAAAUCGUCGGGGCGCAUUUGGCGCAGAAUUUGGCGGACACAGCACCGAUGGCAGAUAGGAGGACGAAGAUUUCAGUUUUCAUCAUUUGCUGCCCAAACAACACGUUAAUUGAAGUCUUUUAUAUGCCACCAUACACCUGAACCUUGUAUUCUGACAACUAUACGGGAGAAGGACUUUAUAACAGAGGCACUCAGGCAUGCGACUCAUCCUACCUCGUUCUCGCUCAUUUCCCGAUCCAUUCAUUUCCAACAUUCCCAGACCUGGGCCUGAUAUUUUAGACAGUCAUACAGCUUCGUCUGUCAACUAAUGUCAACUAAUCCCCGAAACUCGGUGCACUCCAUGUUCUCCACGUAUCAAUCAGUGGUCUGAUCAAUGGCUAGCAGGUAUGCAGGAGCCUUUCUGGUCUGCUUAGCAGUAGAUAGCGGGGCCUGCUCCAAAACCACCGCAACCUUCCCCAUUUUCAACGUGGAGAAGAGUUGGCGAAAGUGGGGUACCGUGCAAAUCUGGAGUCGGUUCAAAUUGACGAUAGCUUGAAUAAAGCUGCAUUACAAAAGUCGACGAAGAAGAAAGUUUGUUCAGGUUUACGGGAUUGUGCGUCAGAGUUGGACGGGUGGUACCCGCUGCCCCUCGGUGCCCUGCAAACGUUCAAAGCCGGGGGCGGUGGUUUUCGGUGGUUUUCUGGCAGUACUAUUUCGGGCACCGGGUCCGGCAUUUUCCGAAUGACGAAUCUGAUCGCAAAAAAUAAAUCGUCGGUUCAAGGCUCGCCUUUUGGUCUGACAGGAUUCUAUACGGUAUCGGACAACUCGUACAGGACAGCUCACGGUUUAAUCGAUUGAUUUCCCCCUCGACAAGUAGUGCGACGUGCGGGAACGGAAGGAUAGUAGGAGGAAGGAGGAAGCGGGAGUCCUUAGAUUGGUUCAACAGGUUCUAGUAACAACUCUGGACGUAUGUUUGAGGGUAAUUAGAUUUUGGUUGGUACCGUCCAUUCGAGCGGAGAGUCUAGAGUUCGGCAGCGCGGAAUUGUGGCGAUCGUAAAAGCGUUAUAUAGAUGUUUGGUAAACUGCGGAAGGUUUGAUAUGUGGUGCAAGGAAACGUUGCCCGUAGAGCCGACAUGAGAUGAUGACGAAAAGAUUCCCCCGUCCGGACGAAGACUAUCAUCAACCAGAAGCCUUCCGUUGGGGGUUAUCCUCCGACCUUGUGGGUUCUCGAGCUGUUUAUAUUGACGCCGCGAUGACCGGUUUAGAUGUCGUCAAAAGAGGUCCGAUCUGUCCCCUUCCGCCCCAGUCAACCGCUAACGAGCACUGGUCCACCGUUCAAAAGGGUCGAGCUGCUUCUGAGUUAUCCUCGACUCGGAAUGUUGCGCCAAAUCGGAAUACGUCACCUUUUCUGCCGUUGAUGUAACCGAUUCCAUGGGAAGCUAGCAAAUAAGAUUCGAGAGCGAUGGGUCACUUGGUACGAAGUUAUCGUUCGAAUGCGGGGGUCGCGUUCAGUCAAGAUUCUUGUUGCAAGGAACAAGACAUGGAUGGACUAGGAUGCCGUGCGAGGUGGAUGGGAAAUGGGUUCUCGAUGACCCAUCAUUCGUAGGGUGGAAAGGAUUGGGAGUGAAGGUGAUAUUUGUGAAGGUUCUAGUCAGCCAGGGUGGUUGGAUGACGAGGGUUCCUAUCAACGAAUAGUCUGUAACUGGCCCGUCACUGACGAGUUGGCAAACUGAGUAGUGAUGUUAGAGUCCCAGACGUGAAAGUGAAAACCGGACGUCCUCAGGUGUGAUGCAGGUGUAAUGGCUAUCCCUGUUCUUGUUUUGAGGCGCAGUUCGGCAUAGCCAAACCUCGAACGGAAAGCCCAAUUCAGACAUUGCUUCAUAUCCCUGUCCUCCUUCGCACAGCCCAAGAAAGCCUCCUCCUUGAGCAUCCCUGUGCGCAACGGCCAAAGUAACUCGUCAGCUAUGCCAGCGCGUUCGACCCCAGCAGCACGUCCGUUUGUGUGCACCCUGGGUUAAUUAUUCAGAACGACGUAUAGUCAAGUAUGGGAUCUCUACCGCGGAUAGAGCGAACUUUGCCAAUGGUGCCUAUCGUAGCAGUGUUGCCGAAGCCAAUGAGGGAAGGAAAGGAUGAGAAGUUCGCUCGGGAACUGGAAACUUGGAAAUGAACAGAAAACGAGUUGAAAAGAUUCAGAUGCUACAUUCUUCCCUGUGAUGUACCACCAUUCAUAGUUUGCGUUCGUAUGGAUCAGGUCACCGGUUCUAUGUCCAGGCCAAAGCAAGCGGUAACAUGCGUGACCAGGUGUGUGUUUCUCUUACUUCCUCCACGACCAUGCCACCGUCUUUCUCCAAUGGUACUAGCUAUAUGCGCUCAAUCUCGUUCAAAAACUCUUCUAUGGCACGAACUCAAGCCGUCAGUACUCCUUGCACACCGCACUAUUCCAAUCAGCACUGGCUUUCAACGUUUCGUCAAGGCUUAGAUGAAAUCGACGAACUAGAGGAAGAAAUUACGGGAGACACCGGCUAUAUACAAGAAGGGCAAAGUGAAAGUCUGUCCAGUCAAGGUUUACCUGCAACCGGUCCUAGAUCUAGUUCACCUUUACCAACUACGAUGAACUCUGAUUUCUCUGCUGGGGAUCCUCUAUCUUCUUCGACGUCCCUAUGUAGUUCUCUUUGCUACUCUGAUGCACUAGAUUCCCCUAUUGAUGCUGGAGAUGUGGAUAUGGUUUUCCUUGAACAGUUACAAGUCCGAUUAGCUGUUGUAGCUCGCAGUCGAGAAAGGCAGUAUAUCAAGUGCGGAAAUGAUCCUUCUGAAGUUGCUUCUUCGACGUCUACCAAAUAUCCAAAAUGUUCUAAUCGCUCGACGCUGGCUACGCGCGCUUCAUCUCAAGGGCAUCUCGUUCCGGGCGUUUCUGAUGACCAAGGGGAUCUACAAGUUGUCAUCAAUGCAUGGCAGACAACCAAGAAGCGUACGCGAUCGAUAUCUUCUCAAAGUCACGAAGACGGCUCGUCUGAAUGGCGAUAUCCUCUUCUUCCUCCACAACCAAAACGUCCCAGGUUGUCAAAGUCGAGCCACUCAAGCUCCACGGAUUCAUUCAUAUCGAGGGAAUCAAGACCCUCCUUCAAUCAGAACAUGGAUGAGAAGGAAAAUGAGGGGUUCGCCUCCACCACUGCAACCAUGCGGCGUGCACUGUCGUUGAGAUCUCAUGAUACGUUGAAUGAUGUUUCGAGUGCUAAUAGCAUGAAACAUAAGGAAAUCAUCGAGAAGGAAUCCAUUCCAGUCGAUUGGGUGCCCACAGUCCCUUGUUCUCCCUCACCGGCAAAGCCUCCUCGUUGCUUGCCUCCACCACGCCGACCAUUACAGACUCUGGUCAAGGCAGUCAAGAAUGAAGGGGCCAGGGUGAUGGUCAACGCAGACUCGGACACAGAUACGGAUACGGAUAUCGACUCCAAGGGGCCACGACAGCCACAUGACAAGCCUAUAGCGCUAGGUCCAGUUCCUAUUAUAGCGCCGCCAUUUGGUCGCGCUCCUGCGUUACCGCUGUCUAUGGCGAAUCUGGCCAAGAAACGGAUAGAGAGAUUUAGAGAAAGGGAAAGGGAGCUCAGAAUUGCCGAUGACCUUGUCGACCUUGUUGACCAUGGGAAGGCCUUGAGCUGGGAGAAUUUUGGUGUGGACCAGAACUUUGGAGAAGAGAUGGUGAAGUGGAUUCUACAGGUGUUACCUUUCCAAGUGCCUUCUCCCCUUCCUUCGCUUUCAUCGAGGUCUUCUUCUCGCUCUUCUGUCACCUCGUCCGCAAAAUCCUCGUUCUCGUCGACUUCCCUCAGUCCGCUCAUGUGCUUGAGUACGCAGCUUUCUUCAUCCUCAUCGUCUCUCAAAAGCCUUCGUCCUCCACGCGAAAACAAGACACCGUAUAAAAAAGGAAUCGACAAUCUUAUUCAUCAGCUCAGGACUUGCCCUGAAACCAGAUUCAUGGGUGCUUACAUGCUGAUGAGAUUUUUCUGGUGUCUUUCCGUGAAGAAGGAGGGCAAUGGACACCUGUCGCAAGCCGCUCCUCCGAAGGGAAGGGACAGUCAGUCAGAGAACGAUGGUAUGACACUUUCAGCAGCUCUUGGAGUUGAGAAAGAGCGAUUGGUACAAGUAAUGUGGGACAUUGUCGUUGGAUGCCUGGCUAUAAGUGUGAAGAUGCACAGAGACUUCUUACCUCCGUUGUUUCCUGUGUAUUCCCAAGUGUUCGAAGACAUGGCACCGCACGCCAAGCGAACACGGGGUGCUGGGAUGGAUUACGAUCAAUUUGAGGGAGCACAACGGCUCAUACUCUUCGCGCUCAAGUACAACUUGGGUGCAUCACCCCAAGCACUCUUGUAUGAGGUGUGGGAGAGUGGUACAAUUAGGGACAUGCUUUUGCAUGCCCAAUGUGGACCGGAUGAAGGGGAUGUGUUGCGAUGGUGGGGCGCAGUGCAACGGGAGACAUGGCGCAUACUUUACAAGGUCGUUAUCGAUCCGUGCGUUCUGUUCUUUCCGUUGUCUGUCCUCACUGGGUGUGCACUACUCCUCGCUUUGGAAGACGUGUUGGUGUUUGAGAGAUAUGCUUUGGAGGUUGAGUGGUGGUGUGAGCUGGAAUUUCGGCAACAGCGACAGCAGGGUAAAGGUGAGAUGGGGAAGGAAGAACGGCGAAGGAGGAGGCAAGCGAAGACGGAAUGUGAAGGGGUGGUGGAGGAUAUCAAAGAGAUGUUUGGCAUUGGCGAUUCUGUUUGUAGGGAAUGUGUGGUGUGGUUGAAAAAGCUGUACGUGGACUGAUAGAUGGAUAAACUCGACGGCCAGUGACACUUAGGACUUUUCCUGUAUGCUAUGAAUUCUGCUUUGCUGUCAUCCGUUUUAAAUUUGUUAAGCCCCCCCACACCCC